UUGGUCACUCCUUGUUCAUAUACGGCUAGACAUUUGGACUCCAUCAGAAGCACCUCAGAAGUUUCCAACUUGUCCGAUUAACCGCUCUUGUUCAAAUCCAAGACCAUGGCAACCUACAAGAUUGUAAUGAUCCGCCACGGCGAAUCCGAGUGGAACAAGCUCAACAAAUUUUGCGGCUGGUUUGAUGCCAAUUUGAGCGAACAAGGCGUGAAGGAGGCUCAAGCCGGUGGGAAGGCCCUUAAAGACGCCGGUUACACCUUUGAUGUGGCCCACACUUCCUUGCUCACCCGGGCUCAAGUGACCCUGAAGGAGGCCUUGGAGCAGAGCGGUCAAACCGACCUGCCCGUGGAGAAGACCUGGAGACUCAACGAAAGGCAUUACGGAGCCUUGACUGGCUUGAACAAGGCCGAGACCGCUGCCAAACAUGGUGAGGAGCAGGUCAAGAUUUGGCGCCGAUCCUUUGAUGUUCCACCUCCGGCCAUGGAGAAAGAUCACGAGUACUACGACAACAUCGUGAAUGACCCACGAUAUGCCGAAGGGCCCAAGGGAGAUGAAUUCCCCAUGUAUGAGUCGUUGAAAUUGACCAUUGAGCGGACUCUGCCUUACUGGAACGAUGUGAUCGUGCCUCAGAUCAAGGAGGGCAAGAAGGUCCUCAUUGCCGCUCAUGGCAACUCUCUCCGAGGAAUUGUCAAGCACUUGGACAACUUGUCCGAGGAGCAAAUCAUGGGCUUGAACUUGCCCACGGGCAUCCCAUUCGUCUACGAGUUGGACGAGAAUCUGAAGCCUGUCGUAUCCAUGAAAUUCUUGGGCGAUGAGGAGACCGUGCGAAAAGCUGUGGAAGCUGUGGCCAAUCAAGGCAAGGCCAAGUAAGGCUGCUUUCCAGCCAAGAAAUCGCCGGUUUUGUCCAUGGCAUUUUUGAAGUCAUCAUUAUCGUCAUCUCUCCUGGUUCAAACUUACCGCCGACACCAAUGAUUCUGUCUCACUGAAACCAGAUGUUUAUCGUGUUUAGUAUUCUAAGCUUGACGUUCUAUAUAAAUUUUACCUACUCAUUUGCCCAAUGUAUGAAAGCAUAGCUCAUCGACGAGUUCAAUAAAAGUGUUCUUUCAGCAAA